AUGAGUACGAUUAAUUUAUCUGCUACGAUUUUGGAUCUAUUUUUUCAGCAAAGUAAUUUGCAAGCGAAAUACGCUCAGAAAUAAGACUUUGAGCUAUAUGCGAUAUCAUCCUUAAUGAUUGCUGCUAAAUAAUUAGAGAAAGAUGAUAAGAUUCCAAGAAGUGGUUAUCUUGUUAAACAUUUGAAUAGUAAUAUGAUGAGGUUUGACCAUGUUGAAGGAGGUUCCUCCCCUAAAAUAGUUUAAUGUGAGCGAGAAAUACUCAAAUAAAUUAACUGGGACUUUGAAAACUAUCCAAAUUUUUACUCAAUGAUAGAUCUCUUUAGAUCUCAAGGAGUCCUAUUCACUCAGGAUAGAAUAUUCAACCCUCAUUUUCAAUGCUAUGAUCUGUUGUCAGAUAACACCGUCAUUUUAGUAGACAAGUAUAUUGAGUUUUUCAGUCUGCUAUGCCUCCAGGACUCUUAAUUUUUAAAUCAAAAUCCCUACUUGAUAUGUUGCGCAAUUAUUGCUGCAUCAAGGAAAUCAGCAGGAGUAAUCCCAGUUUGGCCAAACGAACUUUCUCAAUUGUCAGGACUAUUGAUAAAUCACUUUGUAAACAUUUAGGAUUUAGUAAUCAGCCUUUAUUAAACAGCUUUCAAGAAACCUUAAAACGAUUCAUCAAAUGAUAAAAAUUAAUCAGCAUCAACUUAGAAUAACCAAUCAGUUUCUACGGCUGAUUCGCCAUUAAUUAAUACUAGCAAAUUCCUAAACAGCAGCAGUAGUGCUAUUACUCAUAAACAAGCAUUCACUGAACUACAACUUCAAAAAAUUACACCUGAUAAAUUAGCUUGUAGCACUACUGUAAGUGGAUUUAGAACUACUAAAGCUUAGCAACUAAGGCUAAAGGCUCUUACUUAAUGCUAAUCAAAAAGCCAGCUUUAAAUUAAUCAAGAAAAUGAAAAGAAACGAAAUUUCAACAGAAGCAGUUUUUGCGGUUCGAUCCCUGAAUACCCUCCAAACUAAAAGGAAAAUAUGGGGUUCAGUAUGAAUUCAUCAAUGGCUGCCUUUACAUCUUAUAAGGAAUAGAAGAAAAAUAAAAGUAGACCUCGGUCUAGCAUCGAAUAUCAGCAAUUUUUGCCUUAAAACACGGGAUAAUAUCAUUAAAAGAAAUUAACUGAUUAUAAAUCUUUAAGAAUGCAGCCGCAAAGAUGA